AUUCUUGAAUCCAAAUUGGCUGAAUCAGGGGACUUUGAAGAAGAAGUUAAAUUCUUGAGAGAGGAGUUGUGUAUGUCUAAAUCCGAGCAUUUGUUGUUGUUGCAAGAACUCGAGAGCAAAGAGACAGAGCUACAGUGUUCGUCUCUUUCUGUGGAGAAACUGGAGGAGACCAUCUCGUCCUUAACGUUGGAGUCCUUGUGUGAGAUAGAAAGCAUGAAGCUUGAUAUAUCAGCUUUGGAGCAAGCACUCGUUGAUGCGAUGAGAAUCCAAGAGGAAAGCAUCCAAGAGAAAGAUCAGUUGAGAGGAGUAAUCGAAGAGGUUCAGUUUCAGUCUCGAGAGGCGCAGGAGAAGGCUAAGUCCGUUGAGAAGCUAAACGAAGAGCUGAGGAAGAGAAUCGCCGGUUCUGAAAAGAGUAUCAAAGAGUUUUUUCAAAGUACUAAAGAACGGUUGGAAAGUGAAAACGAAGAGCAGCCACCUCUAAAUGGAGAGUGUUUCUUCGCUGAAUUGAGCCAUGUGUUUCCAUUGUCCAGUGAAGUUCGUGAAUGUUUUGAUGCAAUUAUCAAGAGACUAGAACUUCCCCGAAAUGUAACUUUGAUUGAUAAAAUGGAGGGUAUGGGGAAACAGAUACAGCUGCAGGAAGAUCUUGUGAAGCGGCUCAAGGAGGAACUGAAAGAGGAGAAACUGAAGGCGAAGGAAGAAGCGGAAGACCUUACGCAAGAAAUGGCUGAACUAAGGUAUAAGAUGACAUGUUUGGUCGAUGAAGAACGCAAACGCCGUGUGUGCGUAGAGCAAGCGUCGUUACAGAGAAUCGCAGAAGUGGAAACACAGAUGAAGAGAGAGACGAACAAGCGCUCUUCCACAGAUAUGCUACCUCUUUCCGUGUUAUGAAAACACCAUGAGCUUUGAUGCAUAGCUUUACCUUUACACAAUUAACCCAUGUUCACAUCUCUGAGUCUCAUCCAUGGAUUUUCCGCUGAAAUAUGCUUGGAAGGUGAUGGUUCUUUCAUAAUUACAAAUGGAAUCGCAGGAUGGUGGGCAGGAUCAGAGAGACUUGAAGUGGCUGGAGUGAGAUGAACAACCGAUGUGAGAGUCAAAACCUUGCUAGGGUUUUAACAGCCAUUUCACGAAAUCGCGGUUGCGAAUGAUGCAUCCCCCAGGGCUUUGAUACGCAAAGAAACCUUGCUAGGGUUUUAACAGGCAGAUCUUUGAGUAUCUCUGGGAUGAGAUCAAGCGGAAUCGAACCUACUCCGCUUGUUCUUACAUCAUCGGACAUGUUAUUAUUCUUUGCAAGCUUCGACUUCUGUCUUUCCAUGGCAGAAAACAAGGUAAACGGCCAAAAGUCAGCUUUCUUUCUUUUUCCUUUUUUUUUCUUUUUUUCAUUUUGAUCAAAAGUCAGCAUUCUUUUUGUCAUGACAGUCAGAAGAAGAUUCGUGGCAACUGUCAAGGGCCAAAAGGGCUAAAAAUUUGUGGGUUAUUGAUUUUAAAUUUAAACAUUUUAUUUUUUCAUAUAUACAACAUGAAAUCGAAUCUAUUUUACUAUAUAAAAUUUUAAUAUUUAAAAAUUAAAAAAAAACAAAUUUAAAAUUUUUAUUGUUAAUGUCGGUUUUCUACCACCAUUGUUGAUGAUAAACUUUCACCGCCAAUAAUAACAUGUCAGACAAUAUUAUUGUCAAUGAUCAUAUGUCAGAAACAGUCACCGACGAGGUGAUAUGUAAAAAAAUUAAAUUUAAAUUUUUAAUUUAAUUUUUUUGGAUUGUUUUUGAAAUUUGGAAUAAUUAAUAUAAAAUUUAAUUUUUUUAAUUAUAUUAUUUAUUUGUUCAUUUCUAAUUUAUUUAUUUUUAAGUUACAUUUCCUCUAUCAGUUAUUUGAACUUACCGCAUUAUUCAACAUCUCUCAAACAAAAAAUGUGACAAAAUAACUAUGAGCUACAUAACUAUUCAACAUAUUUCAAACAUAGAUCAUAUUUUAUUAUAUCCAUCAUCCAAUUAAUGAGUUGAAAAGUAUAAUUAAAAAGUUGCAUUGAGAAACUAAUUUUAAAAUAUGAAGCGGCACUAUUUAUGAAAAAAGGUCGCACAAUAUAUAUAUAUUUUUUUUUUGCCAUCUGAUUUUAUUGAGAAGCCGAAGCCCCAACACAAAGCCCAUACAAGAAAGAAGAUACAGAAGAAACAUAAAACAAAGACAAAAACCCAAACAAAGGGCAAACACAACCACGUGUGAAGAGAUCAAAAAGAAACGGAACACGUGUCUGAAACUCACACAACGAGGGACCACACGUCCUUUCACCUCCACCGCUAUCGUCAUCUCGAGAUUCUACGCCGGAGACUGAACGACGAUGCACCGGAACCACCGAAUCACACCGGCGUCACACCAGGAACACCAUCCUCCAUCAUCUUCUCCGACUUAAUAGACACCACCAACCAAACAGAGCGAUUAAACACCGGACUCCACCGGGACUUCACCCACAACCACCGAAAAGCCACCUCCAACAACUGUAUUGGAGGUUUAGAAAAUUCAGCAGCAAGCCACACA